AUGAUCCAUAGCGAAGCGAGGAGCGUGCUACGCCAUCCCACCGCCACCGUCACAGAUGACCUCUUCAUGGCCUCCGUCGACCAACUCUUCGUGCUGGUGAGGAAUGACUCGGCAGCCUCGAGUGAGUGUGAAUGUAAGUGUGCGUGUGUGUGCGCGGCUGUAGGUCAGAGAGGUGAGGGAGGCAGCCUCGGCCGUCGUCAGCCGCCAUGAAGCAGGCAGGAUGUUCGACUCGUUCCGGUCCGCGGGCACGCGGCUUUGCGCAUCUGUACACAUACACGUGUGUACACACAUAUACAUACAUAUGUGUGUGUGUAUGUGUACAGGUUUGGGUGUCGGCGGCUCUGCAGAGGGCAGAGAGAGGCGGCUGAUUCGAUUGUGUCGCAAUGGCCGACAGAGACAGAGAAAAUCAAAAGUUCAACUCGUACGUCAAAGGCCCGCUGACGACUGUCAUGAAGGGAGCGCUGUCCACAGCCGGCGCAUCUACCACUUUGGCCCGCACCAUACCGUCGGCUUCCGAGCUGACGAUCAAUCGGGUCGAGAGGGAGAUCGAGACACUCAAGGCCACACUGACUCGCCAGGUGACUGACAGGCAGACACUCACCACUGAGGCAAUGACUGAUUGAUUAAUGAAUCACUGUGAGUGAAUCAGGUACUCAGCAGCGUGGAGCGACAGUCCGUCAUCGCCAUGAAGAAGAAUCUUGACGACAUCCGCACGGCCGCCUCCACCAACCGAGAUGCGCUCCGCCACCUCACGCCAGUGCAGAAGACGCACCUGGUGGCGAUGAUCGACAGCGCAAGGCCGUCCAUCGAGACAAAGUAGGUGCGCACGGCACUGACCUGCCAGAGAGAGAAAAUCACUCACUCACCUGCGUGUGUUGAAUGCAUUGGAUGGACCAGGAUGAACAAGCUGCUGCCGCAGGGGCGCGAGUGA